AUGGAUGGCAAUAACAAAUACUUUGUGUUGAUACUGCUCCAUUUGUCACUAGCUUCCACUCAUACUCUGCGUGGUCAUUUACAACCUCUCGGUUUUCAACGUGAUACUGAUGGCGAUAUAACUACUCUUUCUAUCUUACCAAGCAAUGAAGAGUUUUAUCAACUGUUGAUAAACAAGGAGACUGCUUUACUUAAAAAUGCUGCUAAGCGUAGUCCAGCUAUUGAUCACUGGACAGAAAAAUAUUUAAAAGAAAAGUAUGGCAAUCUUACACUUAAACUAGAAGGGAAGAGUGAAGAUCAGACAAGACCGGAAGGAAACUUAGGCUUAGGAUUUGAUACUAUUAGUAACUUCAUUGACAGCUACCAUAUCCAACCAAAGUAUGCGGUUACACAAUUACCUGAUCCAAUGCGUCAUGAAAUCUUCGUUAUGCCAUUUAUGAGAUGUGGACCCUUAUCCACGAGUGUUAUUGAAAGCCAUUUAUGGAUGAGCUCAGGGCAAACCAGCAGCAGAUUACACCGAGAUAACACUUAUACUCUUCAUUGUUCAAUUAAAGGCAGGAAAGAUUGGAUACUAAUGGACUCUAAACAUCUAGAUAAAAUGUACAUUAAUAAUCAGGUGGACAAUUUCUCAGGAUCAUCUUCUAUCAACCCAGACCGUGUUAAUUUACUACGAUAUCCUCGUAUUGCUGAGAUUCCAUUUAAACAGGGAAAUAUUACUCCUGGUGAUUGCAUUCUGGUACCGCCAGGUUGCGCCCAUCAAGUUCGUUCUCAUGGCCCAGUGAAUGUUGCCUUUACGUUUUUAUUUGAAAUUACUGAUGACAAACUGAAAAAUUUCAAUCCUAUCCAUUGCAGUCAAGACUAUGUACCACUAAGUCAAUACCACCUAAGUUGGAGCUACUCAGGUAGUGGAAUCCUUAGCAUGGGGAAUUCUGAAUCCAACACAUUUAGGAAGGAAAUACUAGAACAAUGGUUUGGAAAGCGUACUAAAAUCCAUUUUAAUAUAAUUCAGGAUACUUUUGAAGGGCUACUGAAGUAUUAUCCUAAAGAAGCAACUAAAGUCACCACAUUAGUGAAAGACAUUGUAAGUUCCUGUCAGUUUGCAUCAGUACAAGUAGCCGAAGAAGCAGUGGUCGAAACCUCUGGUUUAUUUGACAAAAUUAAGUUUAAGAACGGUUAUAGGGCUGUGGGUGGCUCGGGGGCAUUCGCAGAUAAAAUCCUUACAGCCUUGGAUUCGAAUCAAGACGGACUAAUAACUAUAAGUGAGGUUGCUAGUAAUCUAGAUGUAGCAUUAGAAAGUUAUAAAUUGGUUGAGUAUGAUGAUGAUGUCAAUGUACCAUCCGACGGAGAAGGAGGUAAUCAGGAAGACGAUGAAGACCGCGGUGGCGCAAGUGAAGAGGAAGAUGAAGGAAUAGAUUCAGAAGAAGAUCCUGAUGUUGAAAAUAAACAAAUGACUUCGUCGUCCGAAUAUCAUAAUAAGAAGAAACACGAUGAAUUAUGA